AUGGAAGGUAGCAUAGUCAGACGUGUAAUUCCCUCAGAUAACAGUUGCCUCUUCAACGCUGUUGGGUAUGUGAUGGACCAUGACAAAAAGAAGGCUCCAGAACUGAGACAGGUUAUAGCUGCUGCAGUAUCCAGUGAUCCAACAAAAUAUUCUGAAGCAUUUCUUGGGAAACCUAACGAAGAAUAUUGUUCUUGGAUACUUAACCCAGAGAAAUGGGGAGGUGCGAUAGAGCUUUCAAUAUUAGCGGAUUUCUAUGGACGUGAAAUAGCAGCAUAUGAUAUACAAACAUCAAGAUGCGACUUGUAUGGACAGGAAAAGAAGUAUCCUGAAAGAGUUAUGUUGAUAUAUGAUGGGCUCCACUACGAUGCUUUGGCUAUGUCCCCUAUGGAUGGAGCUCCUGAAGAGUUUGAUCAGACGAUUUUUAGUGUAAAUCCAGAUACUAGGACCAUUGGAUCAUACGAAUCACUUGCUCUAAAUCUUGUAAAAGAUCAACAAAGGAAAAGGAGUUAUACAGACACUGCCAACUUCACCUUGCGUUGUGGGGUUUGCCAAAUUGGUGUCAUUGGUCAAAAGGAAGCUGUAGAACAUGCACAAGCAACAGGGCAUGUAAACUUUCAAGAAUAUAAAUGAAGAAAACAAGUUUUUUUUUUUUUUUUUUAAAUCAAUCAACUCUUCAAGUGUCUGGUACCAAUAAGUUUGUGUUGUUGAUUAAGAAAAUGUUGUAAAACUU